AUGGGCAUUAUGGAGCUUAAAAAUUUUUUUUUAAUAAAUUAUAAUAAUAAUAAUAUACAAAUUAUUAUUAAUUUAGAAAAUAAUAUAAUAGAAAAUAAAGAAUUAAUUGAAGAUAUUUUAAAUAUUUAUAUUAAAAUAGCAAAAAAAGAUUGGAAUUAUAAAGAUUUAGCACUUAAAGGAAGACCAAAUUAUAUAGUUGAUAAAAAUAAAUUAACUAUUAUAAAAAUAGUUUCUUUAAAUGAUAAAGAAAAUUUUUUUUUAAAUUCAGCAGAAGAAGCUGUUAAAAAACUUUUUGAAGUUUUUGCUAUGAUGGCAUUAAAUUAUAAUGUAAUGAUAAAUUUUCAUUAUGAUGAAAAUGAUGAUGGUUUGUUAGUAGUAGUUCCAGUUGGAAAUUGGAAAGAAGGUUGGCUAGUACUUCCUCAAAUAAAAACUGUAAUUAAAUUAAUUAAAGAUGGGGUUUUAUUUCUAAAAGCUAAUUAUUUAAUACAUGGAAAUACUUCUGCUACAGAUAAUAGAUUAGUUAUAGUAUUUUUUUCUCAUAAUCAAACAUUUUCUAAUUAA